AUGAUACACACUCUCCCCACCCAUGCAUCCGUCCGUGAUCCCACAGAAUUUUUCUGCACUCCCCCAGGGGUGACGCGAAGAGUGGCAAACGCAACACCUCUCACCCCACGGUCCCCGAACGCAGCGGCGUCAUCUUGUGGACCGAAGCCCCUCAAGUCGAAGGGGGAAAAGAGGAAGACGCCCCCCGCGUCGAAGGGGAAGAAGCCCAAGAAAGCUCGCCACGAAUACAAGCCAGUGCCCUCUCAAUACGAAGUGAUGACGACUGCGCGCCUCUUUAGUGAUGGCCACAUCGCCACGGGUAACUUCUCCUACAACCAUCCUCAAUUCGCGAAGGAGGCCGAUGCGUUCAACGGUGUAACGAUCGGAGGAAAGCGGGUAUGGCAGCGACAACCGAGCGGGCCCUCAACUCUCCACAACAACGUCACUAUCAUCGACCACUUCUCCUCGCUGGCCCCGUUUUUGGGUCCGCUGGAGAAGCUGUGUAAGCUGAGAGACUCCACCGACCGCUUGUUCCUAAAGCAACGGGCCCAGCAGUACAUCACUUCCGGCCGCCGACACCGCGACGGCAGAAACGGUCUCUGGCGGAUGUGCGUCACGGUUCACAACCCGGGCGCGCCGCCAGGCUUCAAGCGCCUGGAGGUUGGCGUGGCCGACGCCAGGGUUGCGAAGGGUGGCGAUGCCAUCAACCCGUGGCAGCUCAAAGCCGAUAAUCUCCUUCGGGAACAUGGAGCGCCCGCCACGUUCGUGCUCGACUUCGACCCCAUCGACCCCAACACGUUCAUCGACGACGUCGCACGGAUCGCAGAGGGUACUGCGGACAAGGUCAAGGCCGGCGUAGGCGUGUCGGCAUACGUGUGCCCUCGGACAGAAGAGCAGAUCGGCAAGUCCUGUGCUUCGGAGAAAAUGAGAGCCUACAACAAGCAACGGGAAGUGGACGACCCGGACGGCUAUAAGGCAGGCUAG